UAUUUCCAGCGGUGGGGCUUGGGGUGCUCAGUGUUGAGUGGGGUGCCGGCAGAAGAGCCAUGGCCGAGGAGCAGCGAGACCUCAUGUCUGACCACGGCAGCAGCGUGCUUGGGGUCGGGGACACCCAGAGGUCUGCGUGUGGCCGCAAAGCCGCCCUCUCCUCGCUCUCCAUCCUGGUGGCCCUGCUUAUCGCCGGCCAGGCCGUCACCGUCUACUUCGUGUACCAGCAAAGCGGGCAGAUCAGCAAGCUGACCAAGACCUCCCAGAGCCUGCAGCUGGAGGCCCUGCAGAGGAAGCUGCCUGCCAGUGCCAAGCCGGUGAACAAGAAGAUGAUGACCAUGAUCAACACGCCCCUGGCCAUGAAAGUCCUGCCUCUUGCUCCUUCUGCAGGCAGCAUGGAUAUGACCCCUGCUAGCAACAAAACGGAGGACCAAGUGAAGCAUGUGCUGCUGCAAGCUGACCCCAAGAAGAUGUUCCCGGAGCUGAAGGACAACCUGAUGGAUAACCUGAAGAGGCUGAAGAACACCUUGACCGAGGCAGACUGGAAGUCCUUUGAAUCCUGGAUGCACAAGUGGGUUCUGUUCCAAAUGGCCCAGAACUCCAAGCCGGAGGAGCACAAGGAGAUCCCAGCACUGAAAGUGCAAACUAAGUGCCAGGCGGAGGCCAGCGCUGGGGGUGUGUGGCCGGGCCGCUUCCGCCCGCAGUGCGAUGCCAACGGCGACUACCUGCCCAAGCAGUGCAAUGGUGCCACGGGCUACUGCUGGUGUGCACACAAAAAUGGCACCAGGAUUGAGGGCACGGCCACCCGAGGGAAGCUGGACUGCCCCGACCCUUCCGCUGCUGCUGCGGAGCCAGAGGAGAUGAUCUUCUCCGGGGUGGACAUGCUCAGGCUGGGGUCAGAGAAAGCAGACAAGUAGAAGAGGACACCAGCGGAGGCCUGGCCCCUCCUCAGCAUCCCACCUCCCAAGUGCUGUUUGUUUUGCUCUAUUCCACUCCUGCUCUUGCACUGCUUCUCCAAGGCGAUGAACAGCGGGCACCCCUCUGCACCCGCACCCCCGAGGCAGCCACGGCCACCCAGGUGCCCCGGCCUUCCCUUGCAGCAGGGCUACAGCAGCCUGGCACACGAUUUUAGCCCUGUCAGACCUGGCAAUCCUGUUGGCUUUUGCCCGUUGGCCCCCCCAGCACACCCCAGCCCCCAGGCAAGCGCAGAAGAACGAGCCACUAACGCUUUCUCACACCAUUAAAAGCAGCAAAAGAGCCUCCAGAAGCUUCUUCACUGCCCCGCAGGGUGGGUUAAGGCAGGAGAGGGUCUGGGGGAGGGCUCAGGGUGGGUUACUGCAGGAGAGUCUGGGGGAGGGCUCAGGGUUGCAGGUAGACAUUCACCUUGAGCUUUGGUGGCAGCAGUGGGUAAGAGCAGGCAGAGGGGCUUCUGCUUUUUUGCUGAAUAGAUCUGCUUAGCCCUUUUAUAACUGACCUCACAAGCUCACCAUUUCAAAUAAACUUUUGAAUAAGAAAA